UGCGCAUACUCGGACUGCUCUCUCUUGCCCUCGGCGCCAGAACUGCCCAUCUGAGCUGCGGCGUCGACAUGCCGACACCGACGAUGGCCCCGACGCCUGCACCAACACCCGCCCCGACAUUCGCACCGGCUGCAUGGACUGACCUUGGGACGGGCUACUUUGAUGUGGCCGCCGGUGGCGGCCAGGUCGCUGCUACCCGCCCCCGCUACAACGAGCCUGGUAAAUUACCCCUGGGUCUCGUGUUCGCGACGUCCGAGACGAUCCCGAUUACGUUCGGAGCCAAGUUCGAUUGCACGCUUGCCAACGGAGUCGGUGUGUACCCGCACCACUUUGCGCUCGGCGGCGACAAGCUCGUCGUUUACACGGAGAACGACCAUACACCGAGCUUGCUUCCGUCCGUGGCGGCCACGGCCAACAACUCGGCGAGCGCCAUGACGUCGUCCAUCCCGUUUUUACAAGACAUGCGAAUCGACGGAACCGUCUCGACCGAUGGCACGACGGUGUGCAUGAUUGCCACGAGCGACGUGACGAGCACUAAACACAUCUACUGCUCGCCGCUGCAUGGUCCCAGCAAUUGGACCGAUCUCGGGGGAAGCGACGCACACGCCCUCGCAGUUCAUGGCGACACGAUUUACUACGCCACGCCAGCAAGCCUCUUUCAGAGCACGCUCAGCGACAAGACGUGGACGCAAGUGACGACGCCGGGGUUUCAAACCAUUGCGUUUGAUGGCACACGCGUCUGCGGCACGAACUCUCCAGGUACAAUUCUCUGCACCGUCGGCGCGCUCUCGGCCAACCUGACGUGGGCUACGAUGCCGAACGCAGCGACCGGAUCCAACAUCUGGAUUAGAGUCGCACUCGACAACGGCUUGCUCUUUGCGGUUGAUACCGCCCAGCACCUCCAAGUCUUUCCCAUGGAAUAAUAUUAGAUGCACUGCGACGGCCACGAUGGAGUGAUAAGUGUCGACUUGGCAGAUACCGACUUGACUACAUACAUACAUACACCGAGUCGGAGCUACUUGAUGUAUUCCGUU